AAAAACUCAAGGAGAAUCCCUUCGGAGAGCAAAACGAAGGCCUUUUGAGAGGUGGCGUCUAAAAUUGUCAGGUAAACCCCACUUACGGUAACUGCAGCAUGAAAACCCUAUCCGACGCCGGGGUAUCUGGCAAUGAGCCACGCUAUCGAUCCGGAACUCGAUGGCAUGCUUGAUUAUGCAAAGAACCUACAGAGUGGAAUCAUAAAGAAGGUACGUGCGUCUGUCCUCAUAUACUCACCUACACCUCUCCAACAACCUCUAGCUUAAACGCGCUAAGCCAUGACCACCACCACCUCUUCAUCGGACGUCGAACCGUUUUAUGGCUAUGUCGAAACGACCGUCCACGCGCUUCGUCUAAUACACGCUGCUCGACAAGGAGUCAUCCCUCGCAUCACCAGGCGCUUGAACGACUCGGAGCGGCGGGAUAUGAUCAAAAGCGGAUCGGUCUUCGUUUUCAGCGUCGAAGAGAGCGGCAUAAAACGAUGGACCGAUGGGUUGCUUUGGUCGCCGUCUCGUAUUGUGGGCAAUUUCUUGGUCUAUCGCGAGAUUAACGAGCGGGCGAGCAGUAGGGGAGGUCACAGGCGCUCUUACGGACUAGACGAUACGCAACCGAGGUCGCUCACCCAUAGAACCUCGCCGAGUCAGUCCUCUAUUGGAUACAAGCCCGGUUCACCCAACGGUACCAUGGGCGACCAAGGGUCGUUCAAGCCUAACGGGUUGAUAAAGAAGACGAUCACGGUCACUAUUGACGGGUCUGAUCUCCAUCUUAUUUCUUAUUAUACAUCCGAAGACAUUCGCUCAGGCAAAUUGAGGAGACCAUCGUCACGUCCAGAUAUUAUGACUCUGUAUAUGCCACCGCACCUUUUCCGCUUGACGAACUUCCGUGUGCCGCCAAAGGUCGAACUGGGCCCUGAUGGGAAGCCUAGGCUUGUAACCGAGCCGGAAGACGUUGACGGAAUCGUUGAACCCAAGGUGGAAGAACCGACCUAUCACCUGUCCCAUUCUCCGAACUCUCCUGUCAGCCCAACGUCGCCGACCGAAAGCCCUUUCGGGGGGAAUCUCUACAUGAAUCAGGACUCUUCGUAUCAUCGGAACAGUGUCGGAGACAGAUGGUCUUCUAGUGGAGAUAUUGUUCGGGUUGCGUCUCCGCGACAUGAUUUGCCAUGGCCGUUGUCGCCGGCGUCCUCACAUUCCAGUCAUCACCGGCGCGAGGGUUCAAUGGUGCCUUCUUCUGAUUCGUGGUCGCCUCUUCAAUCCUCGCGCUACGACUCGUCUUCGCCUGGCGGCGGGAUGUACUAUGACCGUCCUCGCCCUCGCACAAUCAACAGCUACCAGAAUAACCCAAGAGAAAGCGAGACUCUGCCUAGCUUCGGCUCAAAAUAUAGCGGAAAUCGCAGUCGCGACGUCGGCUCACAUCGCGUGCCAUGGCUCUUAAACCAAGAGUCUUCAGGUGACCGCGAAUCCCGCUCAAGUUGUAGAUCAUCCUAUUCGUCGUCGUCAUCCAUUCCCCCGGCUUUCACACCAGACGGUUAUCAUGCGUACGGCUCAUCAUGGCCAGCACCCGGGGAGAGUAGCACCCUGAACGUCGCCACUCCACCGCCACCACCAAGUUUCUCGAACCACGGUUAUGCGACUUCGUUUGGUGCUCACUCAAGCUCCCACAACUACAAUGCAUAAAUCAGAUCUGACGUGCUUUUUUGAUAUUUUGGAUGACGUACGCGCUUCAAUCUUAUGUACACUAGACUUCACUCUGGUUUAUUUUCCUGUUAUUUCUGCAUGUAUAGAAAAAGAUGCUGUCUUGUUUUAACGUAUGUUCACAUAGGCCUGUAUAUAGAUGAUUAAUGUGCAUUAAUGUAUAACGCUAAUGCAAAAAGUUACGACUGGAAAUCGAAAAGAAUAGACUUAGGAA